ACAGAAGGAGCGAGUGGCUAUCAAGUACUCGCUUGACUCAAAAGCCAGAGAGAUUAGCUCGGCCUCAACUAAUCCAAGCUACAUCUCUCUCGAAGUGGAAUGGCAUCCCCUACUCCCUCCCUCCUUAGCCAAAUACCAAUGGAAAAUCAGAAACAAGAAUUGUUGCCCGAUGAGGAGGAGGAAGUGCUGUCUCUUCGAAGGCAUUGCAGCAGCAGCGACGACGACGGCGGCAACAACAACAACAACACAACUUCUGCAAACACUGCUCUGCUCGUUGAUAUUUUUUCUACCAAUGGUAAUGAAAAUGCAAAUGAAACUAGAAUUGGUAGCCUUAUCAGCAGCAGCAGCAAUAACAAUCUUAACGAGGACUCAGAGACUCCGAAAGUAGGAGUAUCAUCACCCUGUACUGUAUCUCCGCAUAAACACAGUGGGGAUGAUGAUAAGGACAAGGAUGAGAGUGAAGAGAGAGCCCAUCACCUAAACAGCGUUUACUUUGACCAACACCAUGGAAUAUGGAAAUGUCACCACUGCAAUUGGACCUACUGCGUUGGAACUCCCUGUUUUGAUCAUAAAGAGUGCUCGCACACGCACACGCACACUCACACGCACAGCCUCAUAAAUCUCAAAAAUUUUAAUCAACAGCAACCAUGUUUGGUUUUUGGAACUAAAGGUGCUGAUUCCAUUAAUGGAGCUUCUGGCGUGAACUGUGGUGGUGUUACAUGUUCUGUUUCGGACACAAGUCCCAGAUAUGCGGAAGUCCUUGUAAAGAAUUCUGAGAUUCAGAAAAGUCUAGUCAAGGAUGACAACCUUCAAUUAGGGGAAAAUAUGGAUAAUGAAGGGUUUUCUGGUUCAGGUCUUACACCUUUAGAAGACACAUUCGAAGAACACAAUUUUAAAUCAAAACCUUCUGACAGUGAAACUAGAGUAGUUGGAGAUUUGGACUUGAUAGAAGAAAUAGACCAGGAAAUGACAGAAUUCGAUGUUGAGAAGGUGUUAGAGAAGCAGAAUACACAUGAUUUGUAUUGCCCUAACUGUAAUUCCUGUAUUACAAGAAGGGUUAUCCUUCGUAGAAGAAGAUGGAAGAAUCGAAAUGCACGUCGUAAACCAAAACACGCCAAAGUUGACACAAUUGUUCCCUCUGAAUCGAAUGGCAAUUCUACCUAUUCAGAUGCCAAUUCUGCUGAUUCAGCCAGUGGUCCGGGUCAUGAUAUAGCUAACAUUUGUUCAAACGAUAGCCCAACAUCUGCAGUCAAUGAUCAUAAUUGCGAUAGAGAACCAGAUGUAUUCAGAUGCUUAUCAUGCUUCAGCUUCUUUAUUCCUGCAGGGAAUGGUUUUAAAUUGUUUCGGGUAUCAUCCACUGAGAAUGAAAAUGUUCAAGAUCCUCAGAAGAUAUCAACAGCCAACACAAAUUGGUUCUUCUCUAUUUUUGCAACUCAUAAGAGGAAAACAACCACUGAGCAAGGUAAUGCUGCAGUGGACCAUACUCAAGUACGUGGAAUGAAUCAGGACGCCUCAUCAGGCUCCCCCAACAAUUUUACAUCCUCAAAUGGAAAUGAUCAUUCUGUAAUGCCACAUGCUGAAAGAACUAUAGUCAAAACGGGAGAACAUCCAGAAAGUUCUUAUUCUAAGCCUCACCAAAGUGGAGCAGAAUCUCUGAAUCCUUCAACAAUGGAGCCUUUAUUGCUUGAUAAAUCACCACAAGGAAUAAACCUGAAGUCCAAUUUGACAUCUAGGAAUGGGAUACUUGCAGAUCAAAAUGCUCCUCUCCUUUCUGUUGAUUUACCAUCGGUUGAAUCCUCUUCAAUUGCAGGAAUAUUAAAUAAUAUGGGAGGUGCAUCUCUUAAACCUGGAAUGGGGAUUGUAAGUUCCUCAAGGGAAACAAAAUUCAAUGAAACUGCAUUGAUCAGUGCUAGAGAGAAAUCAGGUGAUGCAGCUGGAAACUCAGGUGGGUCUUUAAUGAACCAUGCUAUCAUGGAUACUGCUCAACUGUUACCAUACUCUUCAGGUAGCAUGGAAGGUCUAAAGGAAAAUGCACCGUUUAGACCUCAAGGUGGAGUGAAUCUUCCAGAGUAUUCAACUUCCAAAUCUUUAAUCCCUGAGCAGUCAGAGAUACAAAUAAAAGAGAAAUUCAACAUGGCAAAAGGGAAUGAAAAACCUUUACAAAAUGGCCAGGCCUCGUCAACACAAGGAACUUCAUUGUCCUCUCAAUUAUAUUCUGAAGGAGGAUUUAUAAAUGAUGCUGCUUUGAAACACCAUGAAGUAGGAAAAGGUUCUCUAAAUUCUUUGAGCCAAGGAACCUCAAGGCCUGAAAAAGAGAAAGUCAAUAUAGGAGAAAAUGAAGUUAAUGCUAUGGAAAACAAAAAUAUAGGGAAUGAUGUCAUAGUCACCAUUGAAAAAGAGCCACCAAAACGUGGAGAUUCUGAGAUUGUCUGUAUUGAUUCAGUGGAACCUACAAGCUUGCUGAACAGUACGAACCAGACAAAUGCGAGUGAACGAAAAGGUGCUGGAGUAGGUGAAUCCUGGCAAUGGGAGAUUUUAAAAAGCAUUGUAUAUGGUGGUUUAAUAGAAUCAAUUACAAGUCUAGGUGUAGUGUCUUCUGCUGCUGGUGCUGGUGCUGGAACUUUGAACAUUUUAGCACUUGGCUUGGCAAAUUUGAUAGGAGGGCUUUUCAUAAUUGGUCAUAAUCUUGUGGAUCUGAAAAAUGAUCGUUCCAAUCAAGUGAAUGAGCAGGAGGAUCGAUACCAAGAAACACUAGGACGAAGGGACAACUUUUCGUUACAUGCAACACUAUCUAUUUUAUCAUUCCUUAUUUUUGGGCUACUGCCUCCUGUCAUGUAUGGAUUCUCGUUUCGGAAGAGUGAUGAUAGAGAUCUCAAGCUUGCAGCAGUUGAUGGGGCCUCCCUUUUUUACAUCAUAUUGCUUGCUAUAGGUAAGGCCCACAUUCAGAGGAAGCAGCCCAAGCCAUACAUCAGCACUGUAUUAUACUUCUUCUGCAUUGGGCUUAUGGCCUCGGGCGCUUCUUAUGUAGUUGGGGACCUCAUCAGUAAGCUAUUGCAGAAAAUAAGUGGGUUUGAGUCUAACUUGCCCUUUCCGGAGUUGAAAACAUGGGCAUCUUAUUGAAGUAAUUGAAAACUCUGAAGCAGAGGAGGAGAAGCAUAUUUUCUUCUUCAUGUUUUUUUUCUUAAAUAACUAAUUUUAAAUUGUUAGUACCAUAGAACAGUUUUUACUUUGGUAAAAUCAAACAACCAUGUAAUCGAAUAAUAAAAUAAUAAAUAAUCUUUGAAUAAAUAUGAAUUGGCUUCUUACUUA